AUGGCUUUGGUUGAAAACUCUCUGCUCAAUAUCGACAACGUAGAAGCGUUUUUACAGAAAUAUGAUAAUGAUCCAAACAACCUAUUCAAGACUUUACCAAUAAACCAAAUCAAAUCUAUUCAAUUGAAUUUGAUUGAAAAAAGUGAUAAAUUAAACCAAAAGUUGAAAAAUCUAGUAAUUGACAACUAUGAGGAUUUAUUAUCAACAGCAGAUACUAUAAUUGAAAUAAACGACAUAAUCAAAAUCCAAGACAAAAAAUUAAACCAACUAUUUAAUCCGGAUUCUGAGAUUGAUACCAAUAAUUAUAAUAACCAAAGUAAAGACAUUAAAAUCAGUUCAAAAUAUUUAAAUCAAAAUUUCAACUCUAAUUUCAACAAUUUCAAUAAAAGUUUAGUUAAUUUUAAUUUUAAAAAAUUAUAUCGCCAAAAUGACUUAAUAAUUUUGAGAAAUUUAUUAUUUAAUUUAGAAUUAAAGCUAAAUUCUAUGGUUCAAUUUAACAAAGAGAAUAACAAUAUCAAUAUUUACAAUUACAAUUAUACAGAAAAUCAAAAUCAAAAUCAAGAACCCAAUUCAAAUAGCAAAUUAUAUAUCGAUUUAUCAAAAAUCUUUUUUAUUAUUGAAUUCCAUUUUGACAAUCUUUUAUCACAAAAUGAAAAUUUACUUGCAAAAUUCAAUAGUUUAAAAGAAAUCUUAUUUAGUCAUUUAACUAAUAUAAUUCAAAAUACAGAUAUCACUAAUAACGAAUUCAUUUUAGAUCAAAAUGGUGAAAUUGAUAAUUUUACCAAUAGUAAUAGCAUAAAAAACUCCAAUAAUAACGAUAACUAUUUAAAUUCUUAUCAAAACAAUGAUUUGAUCUUAAAUUCUUUAAUAGCCAUAACUAUUUUAAACAAAUUUAACUAUUUUCAAUUAAUUCAAUUUUUUUUGAUAAAAAGAGAACAAAAAUCUGUUGAGUUUUUUACUAAUACUAAUAGUGCUUCUAUAAAUAAAAAUAAAAACAAAAAUAACAAAAAUACAAUCAAGAGUAAAGUUGAUAUUUUAUAUCCAAAUAAUUACUUUAAUUUAAAGGACUUUUUAAAUUAUAAUUAUAAAUCAAUAAUUUAUUUGGUUGAUUUUUUUAAAUUCAAAAAAUUUCAAUCUUUAUUGUUUGUUAAUUUGAUCACAAAUAUGAAUUUAUCUUUCCUUAUAAAAAAUUUCAACUCUUUAUCUUUAGAUUCAUGGUUUCAUAAUAAUACUAACACCGAAAUUAAAUAUACUUACUCAAUCACGCAACUAAAUGAUUCAUUUUCUAUGGAUCUCUUAAAUAAUGAAGUUGAUUCCUUUAAAUUAAAAAUCUCAAAUACAAUUUUAAAUAAUUUCAACAAUUUAUUAAAUUCGAUUCUUGAAAAUAAAAAAAUCAAUGAUGAUUUGAAGAUUCAAAAUUUAAUUAAUUUAAUAAAAUCAAUUUAUUUAAUUUUUAAACAAUUUAACACUUUGUUGAAUUUACCAAACCCUCAAAAAAUUGAAAGUAAUACUGAAAAUAUAAAAAAUGAUAUAAACAUAAAUAUUGAAAAUGAAAAUGAAAAAGAUUUAUUUUUUGAAGUUUUAAAUUCUUGGAGAAAUGUUUUGUUAACUAUAAUAAAUGAACAGAUUAAUAACCUAAACCAAGUAACAGAAUUAAUCCAAUCAUUAAAUGAUAAAAAUAUAAAUAAAAGUAUAAAUGAUUUCGAUGAAAAAUACGAUAUUGACAGUGAUAAUUUAUGGUCAGUGAACAUUCAAAAUGAUUUUAGAAUCACAAAUUUAGAUCUUUAUUUAAACAAAAUUGUAAACAUAUCUCAAAGUAAUAAAAUCUCUCCAUCAAGCCACAUUGACAAUAAUAGAUCAAAUAUAAUAUUUAAAAGAAUUCUUUCAGGUUUGAUUGGAUAUUUUGAUCAAAUCUUGAACAUUUUAAAGAUUUUCAAAUUUCAGUUUUAUAAUGAAUUUAUUAUUAAUAUUGAAAACCAUAGUAUUAAUAGUGAUGAAAAUUUUGAGAAUGAACUUAUGAAUCUUAAUUAUAAUUUAAAUCUUGAGAGUUUUGAAAAGUUAAAAGAAAAUUCAGGUUUAUUUAAUAAAAAAUACCAUUUAAUAUUUGAAAAUUUAUUUAAAAAAAUUUGGUUCAAUAAUAUUAUUGAUAAUUUAAAUAAAACUUUUAAAAACUUUUUGGAGUUUUUACAAAUUUCAAAAAAACCAGAAAGAAAUUUUUUAAUCAGCGAGAAUUUGAUAUUUAAUAUAACAAGAAUUGUAUCCAAAUUCAAUUACUUGGUUAAUCAAAAAAUUUUAUUAGACCUACUUGCCUUGAAUAUCAAUGAAUCCAACAGUUUAAACACUAAUCAACUAAAUGAUACUAAAGAAAUUCAAAAGUUGUCAACUGAGUUAUUAAAGACAUAUUUUAACGAAAUUUCAAGCAAAGUUAUAAUUGAAAGUAAAAGUGAAUUAAGUGAAUUAAUUUUACAAAGAUUUAUUCCAAUUAAUUUUAAGCAAUUAGAACAACCAGUAGGUAUCUUAUCAGAAGGCUCACUUGAAGAAAAUAAAAGUUUAUUUUCCAUAUUAAUAAAAAAGUUAAAUUCAAAUGAUACCUACAAAUUAAAAGAACCAGUUGAAAUCGAAUUAUGGGAGAACGAUUUACCUGUAAUUCCAUCACUAAAUUUUUCAGGAUUAUUGCAAAGAUUGUCUGAAAAUCUAAUUAACGGAAAUGAACAAUAUCUGAUAAAUAAUAAUAAAAUUUGGGACUCAAACGUGGACCUAUAUGAUAAUGAUUGCUUUCAUGAAUACAAAAUUAAAAUAAUCAACGAAUUAUUGAAAGUUUAUGAAAAUUGUGUUACAUUUAUUGCCAAUAUAUAUUUAGAAAAAAUGAACCCGUUGGUUGGUGAAAAGAAAGCUGUAUUGAAUAACAUAGAAGUGCAGAGCAAUGAAGAGGACGUAAACAAAGAAUUUGGCGAAAGCAUUGCAGACGAAGCACAAAGUCCAAAAGAAACACAAAGUGGAGCAACUUUGAAAGAGAAACUUUCCCAACUGGUUGUUUAUAACCAAGUUCUUACAAGUUAUGCAGAUAUUUCCUACUUGUCGAACUUUGUUUGUACCAUCUCAAAAUCAGAGAAUCCCAUAUUAGAUUCUGCUGAAACAAAAAAAACAUUAGAGAGGCUUUCUACCAUCAGCGACACAUUUCGCUCUCUAAACCCAUUCAACUUGAAGUUUAUCAACAAGAACGUGUUGGAGCAUUACAAACACAACAAAUUGCUACUUCUUCCCUUGACAAAUUAG